AUGGAGCUCAGGGGACCCCGUGCCUACCUCUUGGCUCUGUGGCUGGGGGGCCUGGCCCUCUGCAUCCAGGGCUCCCCCGGGGCCCAGGACCCUGGGGAGCAUCCGCUGGAGCUGAAGGACGUCUUUGCACAGUUUCAGGCUCGGUACAACCGGAGUUACGCAAAUGCUGCAGAGCACACUCGCCGCCUGGACAUCUUUGCCCGCAACCUGGCCCGGGCUCAGAAGCUGCAGGAGGCAGCCUUGGGGACUGCCAAAUUUGGGGUGACCCCCUUCAGCGACCUCACAGAGGAAGAGUUUGGUCAUCUCUAUGGGCAACCUAAGCCGACUGCUGGGAUCCCCAACUUCAACACAAAGGUAGUGGCUACAGAGUGGGGUGCAUCUGUCCCCCUCAGCUGUGAUUGGAAAAAGGCAGGCGUCAUCUCACCCAUCCGAUCCCAGGGACAGUACCAGUGCUGCUGGGCCAUAGCGGCGGCAGGCAACAUCGAGGCUCUGUGGAACAUCGCUGGGGGGGAAAAAGUGCAAGUGUCGGUGCAGGAGCUGAUUGACUGUGACCGCUGUAAGGAAGAGAAAAGUGGCUACGUGUGGGAUGCGUUUCUCACCGUCCUCAGAGAGGGAGGCCUGGCCAGCGAGCAGGACUAUCCUUUCCAGGGCGACCACGAGCGCUACAAGUGCCAGGCCACAAAGUACAGGAAGGUGGCCUGGAUCCAUGACUUCACCAUGGUGCCCAGGGAUGAGCAAGUCAUGGCGGGGUACCUGGCUGCCCAUGGCCCCAUCACCGUCCUCAUCAACAGUAAACUCUUACAGCACUACAAGAGCGGAGUGAUCAAGGCCUCGGACAGUGACUGCGACCCACAGCAAUUGAACCACUGGGUGCUGCUGGUGGGAUUUGGGAGUGUCAGGGACCCCGAGGGCACUGCAUACUGGCUCGUGAAGAACUCAUGGGGGCACCAUUGGGGGGAAAAGGGCUAUUUCCGUCUGCACCGAGGGAGCAACACCUGCGGUGUCACCAAGUUCCCAUUCACUGCCCUGGUGAAGGCACCCAACGGGAAGCGGCCAGGCCCCUGCCCUGCCUAA